AUGUUUCUCGAUGUGGAACAAAUGGCUUUAGACUGGCUUACUGGAAACUAUUACUUUGCGGAUGAUGUCAGUGACCGAAUAUUUGUGUGCAAUCAAAAUGGGGUUACUUGCAUUACUCUACUAGAUCUGGAACUGCACAAUCCCAAAGGAAUUGCACUCGACCCAGCCAUGGGGAAACUAUUCUUCACUGACUAUGGUGAUGUCGCCAAGAUUGAAAGGUGUGACAUGGAUGGACAACGCCGCUCCAGGAUAGUGGACACUAAAAUAGAACAGCCAUAUGCCAUCACCCUUGACUUGGUAACCAAACUGGUCUACUGGGCAGAUGUAUAUCUAGAUUAUAUUGAAGUGGUGGAUUACGAGGGAAGGAACAGACACACGGUUAUUCAUGGACGUGAUGUUAGACAUCUCUACAGUUUGACAAUGUUUGAAAACUUCAUAUAUGCCAUCAACUUGGAUAAUUUCACAGCAAAAUACAAAGUAAGCGUGACUAAAAUAAACAGAUUCAAUGGCACGGAUGUCCAAACACUUGCAAAACUGGAGAACGGUGGAGUUGUACAUGUCUACCAUAAACUAAGACAACCACUGGUUAGAAGUCAUGCCUGCGAACUGGAUGUGUUUGACAAACCUGGAGGAUGCUCUGACAUCUGCCUGCUCAGCAGCAGCCACAAAGCAAAGACAUGUCGAUGCAGGACUGGCUACAGCUUAGGAAAUGACAGGAAGUCGUGCAAACGACCAAAAAAUGAACUGUUCCUGUUUUAUGGAAAAGGUCGGCCAGGAAUCAUUCGUGCAAUGGACUUGAACAUCAAAGCAGCUGAUGAAUACAUGAUACAAGUAGAAAACCUUGUUAAUCCACGAGCUCUUGACUUUCAUGCAGAAACAAAUUACAUCUACUUUGCUGACACAACCAGUUUCUUAAUUGGACGACAGAAAAUCGAUGGUACAGGUCGGGAGACAAUCCUAAAAGAUGGUGUGGAUAAUGUUGAAGGUAUUGCUGUGGACUGGAUCGGAAAUAACUUGUACUGGACUGAUGAUAGCUACAAAAAGUCUAUAAGUGUAGCAAGACUGGAAAAGGCAUCCCAGACCCGGAAGACCUUGGUGGAAGGACAAAUGUCACACCCAAGAGCAAUAGUUCUGGAUCCUUUACAUGGAUGGAUGUACUGGACAGAUUGGGAAGAAGAAGAGAUAGACAACAUGACAGGAAGAAUUGAGAGAGCAUGGAUGGAUGGCUCCAAUCGACAACUCUUUGUGACAACAAUGAUGCUUUGGCCUAAUGGUUUAACCCUAGACUUGACCAGUGGGAUACUAUAUUGGUGUGAUGCAUACUAUGAUCAUAUUGAAAAAAUAUUUUUAAAUGGCACAGGUAGAAUGGUAAGUAUGCUUGCGAUUUUUAAAAAUGUUACAUUGCUUCGAAAGGAAAGACCACCAUUGUUUGGACUGAGGAUCUAUGAUGUUCAGCAACAGUUACGAGUGACAUCCGGCUCACCAAAUCAUCAGCAAUGCCAUUUUGGAGAGUUUGCUUGUAGAAAUGGAAGAUGUAUUCAAGAGCGUUGGAAAUGUGAUGGUGAUAAUGAUUGUUUUGAUGGUAGUGAUGAGGAUCAAGAUCUCUGUUAUAAUAGUACAUGUCCUGCUAAUCACUUCAGAUGCCAAAAUAAUCGCUGCAUCCCUAAAAGAUGGCUUUGUGAUGGAGCCAAUGACUGUGCCAGCAAUGAAGAUGAAUCAAAUGAAACUUGUUCAGGAAUCCUAGGUCCAUCAACAUUCAUUGUGAAGGAUCAUAGUGACAACAUAAUGUCUAUGGUAGUACAAUACGACCAUUGGGUGGCACUGCAAGUGGCAGCCUCACCAGCAGUUUAUCAACCUCAGGUGUGGUUCGCCCACGCUGAGGCACAGUUCCAUCUGCAUCGAAUAAUCGCGGAUGACACAAUGUAUUUCCAUGUGGUAGUAGCUCUGACUCAGGACUGUGCCUCGAGGCUGUUGCCGUAUAUUAGAGACCCACCGACGAUCGCAAAGUACGAAGGUUUGAAAGCCCUGAUGUUACAUACCUUCGGUCUCAGCCGUCGAGACAGGGUGGCGAAGAUUCUGCACAUGGACAGUGUCGGCGAUCGUCGGCCAUCCACCAUCAUGGUGAAGAUGCUGGCACUGAUGGACGGGCAUCACCCGUGUCUGCUUUUCGAACAGGCGUUCUUGGAGCAGAUGCCAGACGAGGUCCAUUUGAUGCUCGCCGGGGCUUAUUAUGUGGAGCUGGCAGCAGCCCAACGGGCCGAUGGUAGCAUGGAGGAUUACCGCAAUACUGAAUCGGGUUUCAAGCUGGCCGAGGUGCCUUGCGAUGUCUCAACGGGUAAAGCCCGCCUGAUCGUCCCUAUUGCCUGGAGGCGUCAGAUUUUCGACACCAUCCACAGCCUAGCUCACACGUCCAUGCGCGCCACCUCUGCCCUGGUUGCUUCCAAGUUCGUCUGGCAUGGGUUACGAAAGCAGGUCGCAGCAUGGGCCUGCGCUUGUAUCCCCUACGAUGACUGUGAGGAUGGUAGUGACGAGGUGGGCUGCUCCCCUUCUUGUUCUGACAUGCAGUUCAAAUGUACCAAUGGUCGUUGUGUUCCUGAGCACUGGAUCUGCGAUGGAGAUAAUGACUGUGGUGACUUCACCGAUGAAACCAAUGCCAACUGUACUGAACCAGUCACCAGAUCACCAGGUAUCUGUCACAGAAAACAGUUCCAGUGCUAUAUGGAUGGUAGUUGUGUUCCAUUACGAUGGCAUUGUGAUGGAGACUGGGAUUGCGAAGACGGCAGUGAUGAAAGUAACUGUGCAGGAAAUACACGAACCUGUAACUCCCAUUCUGAGUUUACAUGUAAAGAUACAGGAAGAUGCAUUAAUAUGACGUGGGUUUGCGAUGGAGAGGGCGACUGCGAAGAUAACUCUGAUGAAGAGAACUGCGGAGCAUUUUCAUGCAAGCCACCAACCUAUUCUUGUUCGGGAAAUAUAUCAAUUUGCCUUCUGCCGGAAAAAUUUUGCAAUGGGAAAGAGGAGUGUCCAGAUGGUACUGACGAGAGCCCACUUUGUGAUGAAUGCGCUCUGAAUAAUGGAGGAUGCAGUCACCACUGUAUUUAUGUAACUGGAGAAGGCAUCGUGUGCUCUUGCCCUACAGGAAUGGAUCUGAGCUCAGACAAGAAAGCCUGCAUUGUCCUUGAUUAUUGCAAAAAACAUCUCAAGUGCAGCCAAGUGUGUGAGCAACACAAAAAGACAAUUAAGUGCUCAUGUUACGAGGGAUGGAUGCUGGCCCCUGAUGGUUACAGUUGCAUUAGUUUAGAUCCUUUCGAGCCUUACAUAAUUUUUUCCAUCCGACAUGAGAUUCGAAGAUUGGACCUUCGCAAGCAAGAUUAUAACUUACUAGUCCCUGGCUUGAGAAACACAAUAGCAAUUGAUUUCCAUUUCAAUCAGAGUUCCCUGUAUUGGACCGAUGUUGUGGAAGAUAAAAUUUACAAAGGAAAACUUUCAGAAAUUGGAGCUGUAAGCAGUGUGGAAAUUAUUGUGGAGCAUGGGCUCGACACGCCUGAAGGAUUAGCUGUGGACUGGAUUGCAGGAAACAUUUACUGGAUCGACAGCAAAAUGGAACAGAUUGAAGUAGCAAAACUUGAUGGCACCUUGAGAACAACCUUAAUUGCUGGUGACAUGGUGUAUCCACGAGCCAUAGCUUUGGAUCCUCGAUACGGAUUCCUGUUUUGGACUGACUGGGACUCCAGCUUCCCACGAAUUGAGGUAGCUUCAAUGAGUGGAGCAGGAAGAAAGGCCAUCUACAAGGCUCUGGGGACUGGCGGAUGGCUUAAUGGACUGACAGUGGACUACCUUGAGAACAGAAUCAUCUGGAUUGAUGCUAUGUCUGAUGCUAUUUAUUCAGCCUUGUAUGAUGGCAGUGAAUUAAUAGAAAUCUUGCGUGAUCAUGAAUAUCUUUCGCAUCCUUUUGCGGUAACAUUGUAUGGAGGUGAUGUUUAUUGGACGGACUGGAAGACUAACACCCUUCUGAAAGCCAACAAGUGGACUGGCCACAAUGUCACGGUGGUACAAAGAACCAGUGCUCGGCCCUAUGACCUUCAGAUUUUCCAUCAGACAAGGCAACCACGAGCACCAAAUCCUUGUGAGUCUAAUAAUGGCAAAGGGCCAUGUUCUCAUUUGUGCCUGAUUAAUUACAAUGGAACUGCUGCUUGUACGUGUCCUCAUCUAAUGAAACUGGCCCCUGAUGAGAAGAACUGCUAUGAGCAAAAGGAAUUUUUAAUCUAUUCAAGAAAUUCCGAGAUUCGUGGAGUUGAUGUUGAUAAUCCAUAUUACAACUACAUAACACCAUUUACUGAUCCGGAUAUCAGUCAAGUUAAAACCAUUGAUUUUGAUGCAUCAGAGGAGCGAAUUUACUGGUCUGAUUUAAAGCCGCGAUUUAUAAAGCGAGCCUUUAUAAAUGGCACGGGAAUAGAAACUGUGGUCUCAGCAGACUUGCCAUAUGCUCAUGCAAUUGCAGUGGAUUGGGUUUCUAGAAACUUAUAUUGGACGAGUUCAGAUUUAGAAGAAGCACAGAUAAAUGUUGCAAGAUUAAAUGGCUCCCUGCGGACUUCUAUCAUUCAUGGACUUGAUCACCCACAGUGUUUAGUGGUGCACCCACUAAAAGGGACACUCUAUUGGAUCGAUGGAAACAACAUCAGCUCAGCAAACCUGGAUGGAAGCAACAUCAAGAAUCUUUUUAUGAAUCAAAGACAACCUGUUGGUCUUUCAAUUGAUUACACUGCGAACAAGCUAUACUGGAUUAGUUCUGGCACCGGAACCAUAAACAGAUGCAAGUUGGAUGGUUCUAAUUUAGAAGUGAUCAGCAUAAUGGCACAGUACUUAACCAAAGCCACUGCCCUGGCAGUUAUGGGAAACAAGCUUUGGUGGGCUGAUCAGGCAUCUGGAUGGAUAGGAAUGUGCAACAAAGAGGAUGGUUCAGAGCCCGUUGUCAUGAGGAAAAAUAUUGCAACCGUUCUGUAUAUGAAAGUCUACGGAAAAGAGACUCAACAAGGUACUAAUCUGUGCAGUGUUAACAAUGGUGGCUGCUCCCAGCUUUGUCUGCCAGUCUCAGAAACAAGAAUAACAUGCAAGUGCACUGUCGGCUAUCGACUACACAGAGACAAAAUGUCAUGUGAAGGAUUUGGAUCGUUCCUGAUGUAUUCUGUUCAUGAAGAGAUCCGAGGAAUACCACUUGAACCAAAUGAUAGGUCAGAUGCCUUGCUACCAAUAUCUGGAACAUCGCUUACAGUAGGAAUAGAUUUUCAUGCAGCAAAUGAUACAAUCUACUGGACAGACAUGGGAAGGAGCACAAUUAGCAGGGCUAAACGAGACCAGACCUGGAGAGAGGAUAUUAUUACUAAUGGCCUUGGACGGGUUGAAGGCAUAGCAGUGGAUUGGAUAGCUGGCAAUAUAUACUGGUCAGACCAUGGCUUCAAUAUAAUUGAAGUUGCAAGGUUUAAUGGAUCCUUUCGAUACGUGGUCAUAUCCCAAGGGCUCGAUCAGCCACGUGCAAUUGCAGUCCAUCCAGAGAAAGGGUUAAUGUUCUGGACAGAAUGGGGACAGACGCCUUGCAUUGGGAGAGCACGGUUGGAUGGAUCAGAACAAAUUGUCCUCGUGAGCUCCAGCAUUGCUUGGCCAAAUGGGAUAUCAAUAGACUAUGAGGAAAGUAAAUUAUAUUGGUGUGAUGCCCGCACAGACAAGAUAGAAAGAAUUGACCUUGAAACAGGAGAAAACCGAGAGAUUGUGCUGUCAGGCAACAACAUGGAUAUGUUUUCAGUUGCAGUCUUUGGAGUUUACAUUUUCUGGUCUGACAGGGCACAUGCCAAUGGAUCCAUCAAAAGAGGAUACAAGAACAAUGCUGUAGAUGCUGUGACCAUGAGAACACAUCUCGGAGUCAACCUGAAGGGUGUGAAAGUGUUUAACCGAGCCAGGGAAAUAGGUACCAACAUUUGUACAAAGAAUAACGGUGGAUGCCAGCAGCUUUGUUUAUAUCGUGGAAAAGGUCAGAAGACCUGCGGAUGUUCAUACAGUGUACUUGCUGAGGAUUCAGUGAGCUGCCGUGACUAUGAUGGAUACUUGCUCUAUUCAGAGCGAACAAUAUUAAAGAGCAUCCAUCUCACGGAUGAAACAAAUUUAAAUCCUCCAAUUAAACCAUAUGAGAAACCGGAAUACUUCAAAAAUGUGAUUGCAUUAGCUUUUGAUUACCGGAGAAAUACAAGGGGGACCAACCGGAUAUUUACAAGCGAUGUUCAUUUUGGAAAUAUCCAGCUUAUCAAUGAUGACUGGACCGGCAGAAGAGUAAUUAUAGAAAAUGUUGGCUCAGUAGAGGGCUUGGCUUAUCACAAAGCAUGGGAUGCCCUUUACUGGACAAGUUCAACAACAUCAACCAUCACCAGGCAUACAAUUGACCAAAGCAGAUUUGGAGCUUUUGACCGAGAGAUCAUUGUUGCAAUGUCUCCUGAUGACCACCCUCAUGUACUUGCAUUGGAUGAGUGCCACAACUUGAUGUUCUGGACAAACUGGAAUGAACAGCAGCCAAGUAUAAUGAAAGCAACACUCAAUGGAGGAAAUGUUCAAGUCAUUGUUAGCACUGAUAUUUUCACACCAAAUGGACUUACGAUUGAUCAUAGGGCAGAGAAACUGUAUUUCUCUGAUGGUUCUGUCGGAAGAAUUGAACGGUGCGAAUAUGACGGAACACACAGAUAUGUAAUUCUGAAAUCAGGACCAGGGACUUUCUUUGGCUUAGCUAUUUACGGUGAUUACAUCUUCUGGACAGACUGGAUGCAACGGUCUAUAAUGCGUUGUGAUAAAUACACAGGAGGAGAAAUGAAAGUGCUGCGUUCUGAUACAGCACAUCAACCUAUGGGAAUUAUGGUUGUAGCUAACGAUACCAAUAAUUGUGAGCAGUCUUCAUGCAAGAUAAUGAAUGGAGGUUGUCAUGACCUUUGCCUAUUGACUGCUGAUGGCCAAGUAAAUUGUUCUUGCAGGGGAGAGAGAAUGCUAUUAGAUGACAAUAGAUGUGUUGCCAAAAACUCAUCUUGCAAUAUUCACACCGAAUUUGAAUGUGGAAAUGGAGAUUGCAUUGGAUACCACUUGGCAUGUGAUGGAAUUGUUCACUGCAAAGAUAAAUCAGAUGAAAAGCAAUCAUAUUGUGCAAACAGGAGUUGUAGAAAAGGCUUUAAGCAUUGCUACAAUGGGCGCUGUGUGUCCAAUGCAAAGUGGUGUGAUGGAGUGGAUGAUUGUGCUGACAACUCAGAUGAAGUUACCUGCAAUAAUUCUACGUGCAGUGCAGCUGAAUUUCGGUGCAGGGAUGGGACUUGCAUUGUCAAAACAGCACAGUGCAACCAGUUGAUAGAUUGUGCAGACGCUUCUGAUGAAAUGGAUUGCAGUAACACGGACUGCACUGGAUUCUAUAAAGUUGGAGUUAAGGAAACAAAUUACAUAAAAUGUAACAGCACGUCCCUCUGCAUCCUUUCAUCCUGGAUUUGUGAUGGUUCCAAUGAUUGUGGUGACUACACAGAUGAAUUAAAUUGUCAAGCUCAACAUAAGCUCAAAUGUAAAGAACAUUACUUUGCGUGCCCUAAUGGAAGAUGUAUUCCUGCAUUUUGGAUUUGUGAUAAAGAAGAGGAUUGUGAAGAUGGAGCUGAUGAAUCUCACUGUGAUUCCUUUUGCACAUGGAAUCAGUUUGAAUGCCCAAAUCACAAGUGCAUCUCUCGUCGCUGGGUUUGUGAUGGUGCCGAUGAUUGUAGAGAUGGUGCCGAUGAAGCAGAUUCACUCUGCGGUUCGGUUACGUGUGCUCCUGAAUUGUUCCAAUGUCGCAAUUCUCGUGUUUGUCUCCCAAAAUAUUGGUUGUGUGAUGGGGAUAAAGAUUGUCCAGAUGGAAGCGAUGAACUCUCCACAGCUGGUUGCACGCAUAACAGCACAUGCGAUAACAAAGCCUUCAGGUGUAAGAACACAUUGUGUGUUCCACAAUAUUUUGUGUGUGAUCAUGAUGAUGAUUGUGGGGAUGGAUCCGAUGAACAUCCAGAGUGUGAAUACAAAACCUGCGAGUCAUAUGAGUUUCGUUGUGCCGAUGGAAGAUGCCUUUCGGAUGCAGACUGGGAAUGUGAUGGAGAUUUUGACUGUCUUGACCAUUCAGACGAAGCACCCAAAAAUCCCAAGUGCUCAGGAACAGGAAGAAAUUGCAACAAUUCUUUUUAUCUGUGCAAAAAUGGGAAGUGUAUAAAUGAAACCCUUACUUGUGAUAAGAAUAAUGACUGUGAAGACGGAUCAGAUGAAAGCAACUGCUAUGUCAAUGAAUGUGCAAACAAGCGCAUCAGCGGAUGCUCACAAGACUGUCAGGACUUUAAAAUCGGGUACAAGUGCAAAUGCUGGCCUGGAUUCAGACUGAAAGGUGAUGGCAAAACCUGUAUUGACAUUGAUGAAUGUGCAACCAGCUUCCCCUGUAGCCAGCAAUGCAUCAAUACAUAUGGAACCUACAGGUGUUUGUGUGCUGAAGGUUAUGAAAUACGAGCAGAUAAUCCCAAUAGCUGCAAAGUUUUAUCAGAUGAGGAACCAUUUUUAAUUUUUGCUGAUCGACAUGAAAUCAGAAAAAUGAGUAUAGAUGGAUUCAACUACACAUUAUUAAAACAGGGAUUAAACAAUGUUCAGGCGAUAGAUUUUGACUACAGGGAACAAUGUAUUUAUUGGGCUGAUUUCACCACACAAGGCAGUACGAUAUCAAGGAUCCAUUUAAAUGGAAGCAAUCCUGAGGUGGUCCAGCAUACAGGACAAGCCAUUCCGGAAGGAUUAGCAGUUGAUUGGAUUGGCAAGAAUCUGUACUGGUGUGACAAAACUAAGAUGACUAUUGAAGUUUCUAAACUUAAUGGACUUUAUCAAACAGUCCUUCUGAACACAGGGGUGAAGAGCUUGAAGCAUCUUGUGAUAGAUCCUCGCAUUGGAUAUUUAUACUGGACCGAUCACGGUGAAAAUCCAUACAUUGGCCGUGUAGGAAUGGAUGGAACUAAUCAACACAUUGUUAUAAGCACAAAAAUCAUAAAGCCAAGUGGUCUGUGUCUGGAUUAUGUGAAUAACAGGCUGUAUUGGGCAGACGAUAAGCAAGGAUAUAUAGAGUUUGCAGACCUGGAUGGAUCCAAUAGACAUAGAGUUCAUAAUCAAGAUAUCCCACAUGUAUUAGCGGUGACAUUAUUUGAAGACUACAUCUAUUGGACAGAUUGGAAAACUAAGUCGGUCAGCCGUGCUCACAAAACCACAGGCUUGAACAAGAUUUCACUAAUCAGCUCUUGGCAUCAGAUCAUGGACAUCCAUGUGUACCAUCCUCAUAGACAACCAGAUGUUCCUAGACAUCCAUGCAAGAUAGCCAAUGGCGGUUGCAGCAACCUUUGCCUGCUGUCUCCAGGAGGAGGAUAUAGGUGUGCCUGUCCCACAAAUUUCUAUUUGGCCGCUGAUGGAAAAACUUGCCUCUCUAAUUGCACUGCGAGCCAGUUUGUCUGUAGCAAUGAUAAAUGUAUUCCAUUCUGGUGGAAAUGUGAUACAGAAGAUGACUGCGGAGAUGGAUCAGAUGAGCCUGAUGAUUGUCCUGAAUUUAAAUGCAGGCCAGGUCAAUUUCAAUGUGGUACUGGAAUAUGCACUAAACCUGCCUUCAUCUGUGAUGGCGAGAAUGACUGUGGGGACAAUUCAGAUGAAGCAAACUGUGAGACACACGUUUGCCUUCCAAGUCAGUUUAAGUGCUCGCAAAAAAGACGAUGCAUUCCUGUUAUCUUCAGAUGUAAUGGUCAAGAUAACUGUGGGGAUGGAGAGGAUGAAAGUGAUUGCCCUGAAGUUACCUGUUCUCCAAACCAGUUCCAGUGCGCUGUCACCAAGCGAUGCAUUCCUGAAGAAUGGGUCUGUGACAAGGAUCAUGACUGUGCGGAUGGCUCUGAUGAAUCGAAUUGCACUCAGAUUGCAUGUGGCACAGAGGACUUUCACUGCAAAGGCACAAGCAGAUGCGUUCCUGCACGAUGGAAAUGUGAUGGAGAGGAUGACUGUGGAGAUGGAUCUGAUGAACCAAGAGAAGAAUGUGAUGAAAGAACUUGUGAUCCAUAUCAAUUUCGAUGCAAAAAUAAUCGUUGUGUACCUGGCCACUGGCAGUGCGACUAUGAUAAUGACUGUGGAGAUAAUUCUGAUGAGGAAUCAUGCGCACUUCGUUCAUGCUCCAUGAAUGAGUUUACCUGUGCCAACGGUCGUUGUGUUGCUGCCAGAUGGAGAUGUGAUGGAGAUUAUGAUUGCUCUGAUAGCUCAGAUGAAAAAGACUGUGUGAUUAAAUGUAAAGAGGAUCAGUUCCAGUGUGAGCAUGGGCACUGUAUUCCUGUCAGGUGGCACUGUGAUGGAGAGACUGAUUGUCUAGAUAGCAGUGAUGAGGAAAACUGUGAACAAGUGCAAACAACCUGCAAUGUGGAUGAAUUUCAAUGCAACAAUACACUUUGUAAGCUUAUAUCAUGGCUAUGUGAUGGUGAAGAUGAUUGUGGAGACAACUCUGAUGAAAACCCAGAAAUGUGUGUGAAAUUUCAGUGUCCUCCUUCAAGAUCAUUCCGAUGUAAAAAUGGGAGAGUGUGCCUUCGACCUGAGCGGGUUUGUGAUGAAAUAAAUAACUGCGGUGACAACUCUGAUGAAGUGGACUGUGAGAAACAAAUUCAGAGGCCAUGUGCGAAGGAUGAGUUUACAUGCAGCAAUGGGAGGUGCAUCCCUUUAGAGCUACAAUGCGACAUGUUCAAUGAUUGUGCUGAUGGUGGGUUCGAUGAACAAGACUGUACCAGAAAUUAUAAUGAAUUUAAUUGUGAUGACGAAAUGAAUCCUUGUGGGAAUGAUGCUUAUUGCAAUCGGACAAAAUUUUCACUUUUCUGUGAAUGUCGGCUUGGUUUUCAAAGAAACAAAGCCUCAAAGCAGUGUGAAGACAUUAAUGAGUGCCUUCAAUUUGGAACUUGCUCACAUUAUUGCAAUAACACUAAAGGGUCAUACGUGUGUGCAUGUGGAAAAAACUACAAACCUUCUUACAACCACAGCUGUAAGACAGAAGGUUCAGAACAUCAAGUGCUCUACAUUGCGACCAGAAAUGAAAUUCGCAGUAUAUAUCCAUUUGACACAAACUCAGCCUAUGAACAAGUAUUUGAAGGAGAUGAAACUGUCAAAAUUAGUAUGAUGGAUGUGUACAUUAAAGGCAAAAAGAUCUUCUGGACCAAUGGGCACACAGGCAGAAUCUCCUUUAUAGACAUUUCAGACAAAAGGAAAAGACAGAUGAGUGAUGCCACAGACCUUAAUAUUCCUGGUUUCCAAGCACCACAGGGAAUUGCAGUAGACUGGGUUGCUGAAAAUAUCUACUGGACUGAUUCUUUGAGAAAUGUCAUUUAUGUGUCCAGAAUUAAUGGACAGAAAUACAAAAAACUUGUAUCUGGAAUGAUGGACAAACCAUGUGCUAUUGCAGUUGAUCCCAUCAGAGGAAUGAUGUAUUGGACAGACUAUGGUAAACAGCCCAAGAUAGAACAGUCAGCAAUGGAUGGAACUCUGCGAAGAAUUCUCAUACAUAAAGACUUGCAAUGGCCUACAGGACUAGCACUCGAUCACUUCAACCAGCGCUUGUAUUGGGCAGAUGCUAAGCUUUCAAUGGUGGGCAGUGUUCGUUUCGAUGGCAGUGAUCCUGUUAUAAUUGCCAACACAAAGCAAGGUCUCCAAACUCCCUUCAGCAUUGAUAUGUUUGAAGAUUAUAUUUAUGGGGUGACACAUACCAAUAGUCGUGUUUUUAAAGUGCACAAAUUUGGAAGAGAACACCUUCAAUAUUUGAUAUCAGGUCUGACUGGUGCUUCAGCCACAGUAGUAUUCCAUCAGUACAAACAACAAGACUUACCAAAUCCUUGCAGCAAAAAGAAAUGUGAGUGGCUUUGUCUGCUGAAUCCUACUGGUGUGACAUGCUUAUGUCCAGAUGGAAAAAAUAUGAUAAAUGGGACAUGUGUUGAAAUAGAUUCCCCCACUGCACUCCCUUAUGGAAGUACCUGCGACCUAGUGUGUUUGAAUGGUGGAACGUGCUUUGUGAAUGAGCGUGAUCAGCCAAAGUGCAAAUGCAAGCCUCAGUAUUCAGGACAGGAAUGCGAAACUGACCAGUGCAGAGAUUAUUGUCAAAAUGGAGGAAUCUGUUCAGCAUCAACAUUAGGAAAACCAGCUUGCCGAUGUCCAGUAGGAUUUACUGGUCCAACCUGUAAACAAAGAGUUUGUGACAGUUUCUGUCUCAAUGAAGGGAUUUGUGACGUCAACUCGGGAAAUCAACCUUUUUGUUACUGCCCAUCAGAUUUUACAGGAGACAGGUGUCAAUACAACAUGUGCUAUAACUACUGCAUGAAUUUAGGAACGUGCAGGAUAAACAAUGAUGGUAGUGCUCGCUGUAUCUGCUCACCACAAUUUGAUGGGCCUAAGUGUGAAGUGGAUAAAUGUGAAGUGUGUCAGGGUGGACAGUGUGUUGUGCACAAAGAGACUGGACAAGUAGCUUGCAAGUGUUCAGAUGAAUGGUCUGGUACACAAUGUGAAAGACCAGCUCCCAAGAGCAGUAAAACUGAGAAUACCAGAGGGAGAAACAUCACUUUUAUUAUUCCAGUUGUUAUCUUGGCCCUUUUGAUUCUUGCAAUCAUUGUUGGAAUAAUCAUUUGCAAAAGAAAACAACGUGUGAAAACAGUCCGAAGGCAUCCACUGUCAAAUGGAGGCAUGAAUGUGGAAAUUGGAAAUCCAACAUACAACAUGUAUGAAGUUGACCGUAGUCAUGGAAAUGCUGAAGGCUUGUUGGAUCCAGAUUUUAUGUUAGAUCCAGAAAAGCCAACAAAUUACUCAAAUCCUGUUUAUGCAAAACUCUACUUGGACGCAUCAAACUGCCGAAAUUCCUUAGUCAGCACAGAGGAAAAGAAAGAGCUGCUUCCAAAGAAAUUAGAAGAUGGCCUGAGGGAGACAGUUGCUUAGAUUACCCUUUGGUCUUGUAUCUUUUUUAACCACUGUAUAAAUGUAUAAAGAAAGGAUUAAUUUUUCUAUGUAAUGACAGUGUUCUGAUUAUAUUUUUUUGCAUCAGCACUACCUGUGUUUUUGCGCUGAGGAUUCUUGACUGACCUUCUGUCCAACAUUUCUGUUUAAUGGACUGGGAAAGCCACCUGCACUAAACCACGUAAAACAAAGCUGCUGAUUGCACCUCCCAUUGUAUUUGUUCCUGUACUUGGAAGAAACACACAAGCCAUUUUAAUUUUUUGGUUUUAUACCAGUUCUGUGUUUUCCAUUGGUAGAAGUAAGACACAUUUGACCAUCUCUGCUGCAGGAUUUUCAGAUGAAUAGAUCCAUUGAGUUCUUUUUAAUAAUUAUAAAUAGUCGCCUUUUAAGUCCCUGUUGGUUUCCACAUGCUCCUUGGGAUAAAUCUCCUCAUUUUAAGCAGUGUUAGAAAUUAUUUCUUUAAAAGUGUACAGGGUUGACGGGCAAAUUGAAGGCUAAAUCAAACUCGUCCAAAUUCCAAGAUCUGAAUGAACUGCUGGCUUCGUUCUUAUUUAGCUUUUCAUUGUCUUUAUGUUAAUAUAAUAGUCUCUAAAGUCUAUGUUUGGUGAGUUGCAAUUUUCUUUUCUUUUCUUUUGUGUGAGCAAGAAGGAGAUUUUGAUAUAUUUCUACCACAACUGGCUUGGUUUGAGAUAUUUACAUUUUGCACAUUCAAAUCAAGCAUCUAGUUAUCUUGCCUGGUCGAGCUUUUAGUAUGUGAAAUAUGUUGUAUAUUGCGCAAAAAGGCAUAAUGGUACAAAAUUGCUGCAGGUACUCAUCAGGUGGUCCCUCUGUUACUUAAAUUUGUUGCUGCCCAUGGAAUGUUGACAGUAAAUUGUUUUGGAAAUGUGAAUUGGAAAGCCACUUACAGGCACUCUAGGAUCUGAGUGAAGAAGGCAAGUGGUUGUAUCUCCUUUACAAAUAUUAAUGUAUUGUAAAAUUAAUAGCAAAAGGGCUGAGGAUGGCAUUUGCCUUAUUAUAUAUCCUAGCUUGCGAGCAUUUAAUGCAGCAUUGAGCGUUUCAGUGCAGUAACUCAGACUCUGAAAUUCACUUCAUUGAAGUCAGCAGAGAGCAAUUAACACGUCAUACUGUUGAAACUGUACUUACAAUUGAAAUUACGAGAUUUAGCUUUCACUGCUCAGUUUCAGUGGUACCCCUACAUGACCAUCAAACAAUUGCAAAGCCAAGCUGAGAAAUAGUCAUUUCAGAAAACUAUCUUGAGUGUGGCACAUGCCCAGGGAUAACUUUUGUAUUUGUUGCUAAUUAUCAUCCCUUGCCUGAGUUUGCUAUGAUAUUUGCACACAAGUAUCAGUUUUACUAACAGUAAUAGUUUUAUGCUCACGCAUUUUACAGCACCACAUUUUUAUUUUGUUGUAUCAUACAUAUUACUAUUCAUUCAUGGCAAUUGAAAUAUUCUAUGAACAGACUGAGAAAGCUUCAGCUAUGCACUAACUUUGUGUAGAUGUCUUUACUCUUUAAAAAUAAUAAAAAUAGGGCAUCCAGCAGGACUUGGGAUGAUGAAAUUAUUCAAAUUAAUGAAUAUGUGUUUGAUGUGUCUGCCCAACUAAUGCUGGAAAGUAAAAUGUUGAUACAAUGCAUUCAGAAAGUAUUCAGACCCCUUCACCUUUUCCACAUUUUGUUACACCCUUAUUCUAAAAUUCUAAAAAAAAACAAAAACAGGUGUUUAGAAAUUUUUGCAAAGUAAUUAAAAAGAAUUAACUGAAAUAUCAUAUUUACAUAAGUAUUCAGACCCUUUACUCAGUACCUUUUGAGUCGCCUAUGGCAGCAAUUACAGCCUUAAGUCUUGGGUAUGACGCAACAAGUUUAGCACACCUGUAUUUGGGUAAUUUCUCCCAUUCUUCUCUGCAGAUCCUCUCAAGCUCUGUCAGGUUGAAUGGGGUGUCAGGUUGAAUGGGGAGCAUCGAUGCACAGCUAUUUUCAGGUCCCUCUGGAGAUGUUCGAUCGAGUUCAAGUCUGGGCUUUGGGUGGGCCACUCAAGGACAUUCACAUACUUGUCACAAAGCCACUCCUGCAUUGGUUUGGCUGUGUGCUUAAGAUCGUUGGCCUGUGGAAGGUGAACCUCCGCCCCAGUCUGAGGUCCAGAAUGCUCUGAAGUAGUUUUUCAUCAAGCAUCUCUCUGUACUUUGCUCUGUUCAUCUUUCUCUUGAUCCUGACUAGUCUCCCAGUUCCUGCCGCUGAAACACAUCCCCACAGCAUGUUGCUGCCACCACCAUGCUUCACCGUAGGUAUGGUAUUGGCUAGGUGAUGAGCAGUGCCUGGUUUCCUCCUGACGUGACAUUUGGCAUUCAGGCCAAAGAGUUCAAUCUUGGUUUCAUCAGACCAGAGCACCAGAGAAACAAACCUUUUGGCAGAUUCCAAGCAGGCUGUCAUGUGCCUUUUACUGAGGAGUGGCUUCCAUCUGGCCAUGCUACCAUAAAGGUCUGAUUGGUGGAGUGCUGCAGAUAUAGUUAUCUUUCUGGAAGGUUCUCCCAUCUCUACAGAGGAACUCUGGAGCACUGUCAGAGUGACCAUCAGGUUCUUGGUCAUCUCCCUGACCAAGGCUCUUCUCCCCUAAUUGCUCAGUUUGGCCAGCUCUAUGAAGAAUCCUGGUGGUUUCAAAGUUCUUCCAUUUAAGAAUGACAGAACCCACUGUGCUCUUUGGGACCUGCAAUGCUGCAGAAAUUGUUUUAUACCCUUCCCCAGAUCUGUGUCUCGUCACAAUCCUGUCUCUGAACAAUUACUUUGUCUUCAUGGCCUGGUUUCUGCUGUGACAUGCACUGCUGACUGUGAGACCUUAUAUAGACAGGUGUGGCCUUUCAAAAUCAUGUCCAAUCAAUUUAUUUGACCACUGGUGGACUCCAAUCAAGAUGUAGCAACAUCUGAAGGAUAAUCAAUGGAAACAGGAUGAACCUAAGUUCAAUUUUGAGUGUCAUAGCAAAGGGUCGGAAUACUUAUGAAAAUGUGAUCUUUCAGUUAUUUACUUUUAAUUACUUUGCAAAAAUUUCUGAACACUUGUUUUCGCUUCUUCUUUCUGUUGGUAUUGUGUGUAAAUUGAUGAUAAAAAAAAGAAUUUAAUCCAUUUUAAAAUAAGGCUGUAAUGUAACAAAAUGUGGAGAAAAGUGGCCUGAAUACUUUCUGAAUGCACUGUAAAUAAUUAACAAUUGAAAUUCUUUAAUUUUGCCUUUGGAAUUGCUGAAACCUAGUUCUUACAGUGACUAAAGUGCUAAUGCAUUUGCUUUUGCAGAAUAUUUGGCCUUGAUCUUGUGAUUUAAAAAAAAACUAAAUUGCUGACAAUCAAUAUCAUUGUGUUUUUAAGAGAUCCUUUUAUACAAAAGAUAUGAAAACACUCUUCAUUUAAAAAAAAAAAAAAAAGAAAUAUUUAAUCAAUGUACUGCAGGAUAUCCAAAAGAGCUCUUCAUUUUUUUUCUAAAUUAAUUUGUUUGCAUAUCUUCUGCUUUUGCAGGUACUGCAGUUUUCUAUGCAGAUCAUGAUAAUAAAUCUUUCCUUCCUCUCUGAGAUAACGUAGUUUCCAUUCCCAAAGUUCAUUCUUAACAUGAUAUUCUGAAUCCAAUACUAAAUAUUCCGUCACAGCCACAAGGAACUAUCAAUAAAGUCAUCCAAACUAUCAAAAUGCAUUCUUUUCUAUAGACCUUUGAAAAUGUUUCCAUUAUAGAUGUCAAAUAUUUUCAGUUUCAUGAUCCUCUGACUCCAUCUCCUUUAACUGGAAUUUUUCAUCCUACCUAAUCUACCACCCACAACCCUGCCUUCUGUCUUUAGUCAUGUCUUCUUCCAAUGACAAUGAGAGUAUUAAACUUAUAGUUUAUUUUUGUAAUCCAGUCCCCACUAGCCAUGAAAUGCACUUUUGAUUUAACCUGGGCAAGUUAGUCAACUGAUGAAUCUCCAGAGGAGGACUAGUAAAUUCUAUUUGGCUCUCAUUUUGUUAGAUCCAAGCUGCAGGCUAAACUUUCUCUAAAAAUAAGUGAAAAUGACUAAAUCAUGCAGAUAGAUGCUCAUAAGAGCGGUGUUGUUAGAAUGGAUGAGCUGAUAUUGGGGUUUUUUCCAGCAAAACUUGGUAUCUUCCACCUGCUUCCUGCUUCCACCACAAAGUUCAAAGUUCAAAGUAAACGUUAUUGUCAAUUCAAUUAUGCAACAGUAGUUACACAGAGGAUUGAAAUUACAUUUCCCCAUACUCCAAAUGUGCAAGUAAUAUUAAAAACACAGACAGACAACAUACCAAUAAAAAUAGACAAUAGACAUUACAUUAUUUAAAAUAUUAAAAUAUUCACAGUGUGCCAAAAUGUAGCAAAAACUUUGAGGUAUUUUAAAAAAGGGUGCAACAAUGAAAGGUGCAAUAUAGAAAAAGUGCAAAUUUCGUACUGCAGUCAUUGAGCCAAAGUUAUUUUCACAGUUUGUUUGUCUUUGUUUGGGUACUGUUCAUGGAAUUUUCUUAAGUGUGUUGAGUAGCCUGAUGGCCUGAGGGAAAAAGCUGUUUUUGAAUCUGGUGGUUUUGCUCCAAAUGCUGCGGUAGCGCUUACCGGAAGGUAGGAGGGUGAACAGUUUGUGUGCUGGGUGGGUGGUAUCUUUGAUGAUAUUGCUUGCUCUCUUGCGACAGCGAGAUGGGUAUAGGUCCUGGAUCACACCACCACAGCUUUUAUCCAUGAAGAAACAAGGUUUACACAACUGGUUUACACAAAAGGACACAAAGUGCUGGAGUUACUCAGCAGGUAAGGCAGUUGAACAUGAAUAGGUGGUCAGGACUCUUCCACAGACUCAGACUUGGGUCUGAAGAAGGGUCCCGACCCAAAACAUCACAUGUUUAUGUUCUCCAGAGAUACUACCUUACCCGCUGAGUUACUACAGCACUUUGUGUCCUCCAGCCCUUUUCCAUGAUGUACCACCACCCUUGCCAUCCACCCAAAGAUUAGCUGAGUAUAAAACUACUCUCAUUACUUAAUUCAGUUAAAUGUUCUGCUUGCUACUUCUGCCAGCCCUUAUAAGGGUUUUAAUAAAAGCAUUAAACUAACAUGUUAUAUGCUAUUAUUCUCUUAAACAGAAUUGACAAAAUAUAUAAUAGGGGUCUUGUAUUAGGAGAGAUAAAAUGAUUAUGCUUGGGUCACAUUAAAUCUUCAUUUUUUAAUGUGAAAUCAAAUAUUACCUGACAUCUCAGAGCAAAGCUUGUUUUGAUCAAGGAAGAUAAUCAAAUAGUUUGCUGUGGAUUGCAGCAUGCUUUUGUUGUGUGUAGCUAAAAUGCAUCAUUUUAUUCAAUGCUCGGAGUGAACAUGUUAGUUACCACUUCUAACAGUCAUACGUCCUAUUACUGAAACCUUCAGGCCGAUCUAAAGAUAUUUGCAUGUAUUAGUUUGCUGCUGAGGACUUAUUUUAACCAUUGAUAGUAUUGUGGAAAGUAACAGAGCAAUAUUGAAACAGUAAGUUUUACUGAGUUCAUUAUUGACCUGCCGCUAUCUUUUAAUUGAACUGUUUAUUCUGCUUUUCAUUCAUUUUGAUGGAUUAUUUCAUUCAUCUAUGGGAAAAAAAUGCUCUAUAUUUGUUUGAAUAUAUUUGGUCUCCAAACAAAUUUCUCCCCCAGGUAUUUGCUCCUUUGUUUCAUUAUUGGUCUUGUUUCUUAGCAGUUAAUAGCCUUCCCUGGUGUCAUUCAUUCUGUUGUCUAAUCUUCCUUUUACUCCAGCAUUAGUUCCACCCACCAAUUAUCCCCGUAUCACCACAUUCACCUUUCAUCACAUUUUUCUCCAGUCGGGGUACUUCAGCAAUUUUAAACAACCUCACAUCUUUACAAAUAUUGAUCUACGUUGUAAAUGUAGGAACACUAAAUCUCACCAGAAUGCAAAUGACCAGUGUAGUGAAUUACACGAGGUUAAUGUAUUAGGAAUAUCAAAAAAGAAAAUUCAAAUCAGGAAAGAAAACUAGCAUAUAAAAGUAAAUAAUGACGGAAACAUUAGGAGACUCAUAUAAAUUAUAACACAGUAGCAUAUCAUUCACAUGAUCUUGGAUUGUUUGUAUAUAACCAUUUCUUCAAUGCUCCAUUGUUAAUUAUGUUAAUGACCCUUUGAAUUUAUAAUUAAAAUUCAAACCAGUCAGCCCAACCUGUUCAUGCAAACCCUUAUUCUUCAGACAGUCCUUCCCUAUAUUCCUCAUUUAAUUGUAUCACUGAAUCCUUCCUUUCGUUCUCAUAAUUAUCCGGUCUCCACUAAAAUAUAUGUGUAGGAGCAAAAUCCAUAUUUUCCCACACUUAGAAUUUAAAAAAAAAGCUUACACUAAAUUCUCAGUUGUAUUUAUCAGUGCAUAAAAUAGAUUUAACUGUAGAUAGAACUGAGAAAUUGUAAGGGUAAAAAUACCCUAAUGGGAGUUAUCCACAGGCCCCCAAAUAGUAGCCUGGACAUAGGGUACAUGUUGCAUCAGGAGUUAAAAUUAACAUGUAACAAAGGUAAUGCUACCAUGGUUAUGGGAGAUUUCAACAUGCAGGUAGACUGGGAAAAUCAGUUUGAUACCUGGACCCCAAGAAAGGGAGUUUGUUGAAUGCCUCCAAGAUGGAUUCUUAGAGCAGGUUGUACUGGAGCCUACCAGUGAGAAGGCAAUUUUGAAUUCAGUGUUGUGUAAUGAACCAAAUUUGAUAAGGGAACUCAAGGUAAAGGAACCAUUAGGAGGUAAUGACCAUAACAUGAUAAGUUUUAAUCUGCAAUUUGAGAGGGAGAAGGUAAAAUUGGAAGUGUCAGUAUUGCAGUUGAACAAUGGGGACUAUGUUGGGAGGGAGAAGCUGGCCAAAGUUGACUGGAAAGCGACCCCAGCAGGGAUGAUGGUGGUACUGCAAUGGCAGGUUUUUCUGGGAAUAAUCCAAAAGAUGCAAGGUUAUUUCAUUCCAAAGAGAAAUAAAUAUUCUAAAGGGAGUAAGAGGCGACCGUGGCUGACAAGGGAAGUCAACGAUAGUAUAAAAAUAAAAGUGAAGACAUAAUAUAGCAAAGAUGAGCGGGAAGCCAAAGGAUUGGGCAACUUUUAAAGAUCAACAGAAGGUAAAUAAAAAGGCAAUGCAGGGAGAAAAGAUGAUGUACGAAGGUAAGCUAGCCAAGAAUAUAAAGGAGGAUAAUAAAAGCUUCUUUAGGUAUGUGAAGAGAACAAAAAUAAUUAAGACAUAUGUGGGUACCUUGAAGCCCAAAACAGGUGAAUUUAUUAUGUGGAACAAGGAAAUGGCAGAUGAAUUGAACAGGUACUUUGGUUCUGUCUUCACUACGGAAGACACCAAGGAACAAUCUCCGAGAUGUACUAGAGGACAGAGGACCUACGGUGACGGAGGAAAUCGUGUUGGGUAGCAUGAUGGGACUGAAGGCUGAUAAAUCCCCAGGGCCUGAUGGACUGCAUCCCAGGGUAUUCAAAGAGGUGGCUCUAGAAAUUGUGGAUGCAUUGGUCUAUAGAUUCUGGAUCAGUUCCUGUGGAUUGGAGAGUAGCUAAUGUUAUCCUGCUUUUGAAGAAAGGAGGGCGAAAAGAAAGCAAGGAAUUAUAGACCAGUUAGCCUGACAACGGUGGUGGGGAUGAUGCUGUAGUAGAUUAUCAAAGGUGUAAUAACGGCGCAUUUGGAUUGCAGUAACAGGAUCGGUCCAAGUCAGCAUGGAUUUACGAAGGAGAAAUCAUGCUUGACAAAUCUUCUGGAAUUUUUUGAGGAUGUAACUAGUAAAAUGGACAAGGGAGAGCCAGUGGAUGUAGUAUACCUGGACAUUCAGAAAGCCUUUGAUAAGGUCCCACACAGGAGAUUUGUGGGGAAAAUUAGAGCACAUGGUAUUGGGGGUACGGUAUUGAUAUGGAUAGAAAAUUGGUUGGCAGACAGGAAACAAAGUGUAGGGAUUAACAGGUCCCUUUCAGAAUGGCAGGCAGUGAUUAUUGGAGUGCCGCAAGGCUUGGUGCUGGGACCGCAGCUAUUUACAAGAUACAUUAAUGAUUUAGAUGAAGGAAUUAAAAGUAACAUUAACAAAUUUGCAGAUGACACAAAGCUGGGUGGCAGUGUGAACUGUGAAGAGGAUGCUAGGAAGAUGCAGAGUGACUUGGACAGGUUGGGUGAGUGGGCAGAUGCAAUAUAAUGUGGAUAAAUGUGAGAUAUCCACUUUGGAGGCAAGAACGGGAAAGCAGAUUAUUAUCUGAAUGGUGUCAGGUUAGGAAAAGGGGAAUUACAACGAGACCUGGGUGUCAUUGUACAUCAGUCACUGAUAGUAAGCAUUCAGGUAUAACUGGCAAUUAAGAAAGCUAAUCGCAUGUUGGCCAUCAUAAAGAGAGGAAUUGAGUAAAGGAGCAAAUAAGUCAUUCUGCAGUUGUACAGGGCCCUGGUGAGACCACACCUGGAGUAUUGUGUGCAGUUUUGGUCUCCUAAUUUGAGGAAGGAUAUUCUUGCUUUUGAGGGAGUGUGGUGUAGGUUCACGAGGUUAAUUCCCGGGAUGACGGGACUAUCAUAUGAUGAAAGAAUGGAGCGUUUGGGCUUGUAUUCACUGAAAUUUAGGAUGAGAGAUCUUACAGAAAAAUAUAAAAUUAUUAAGGGAUUGGACACGCUAGAUGCAGGAAACAUGUUCCUGAUGUUGGAGGAGUCCAGAAACGGGGGCCACAAUUUAAGAAUAAGGGGUAGGCCAUUUAGAACUGAGAUGGAGAAAAACUUUUUCACGCGGAGAAUUGUGAAUUUGUGGAAUUCUCUGCCUCAGAAGGCAGUGGAGGCCAAUUCACUGGAUGCAUUCGAGAGUUCAAUAGAGCACUUAGGGCUAGAGGAAUUAAAGGGUAUGGGUAGAAGGCAAGAAUGGGGUACUGAUUGUGGAUGAUCAGCCAUGAUCACAUUGAAUGGUGAUGCUUGCUCGAAGGGCUGAAUGACCUACUCCUGUACCUAUUGUCCAUAUAUCUAUAUGUUAUAUUAAUGGGUGUAGCUUUCGAGUUAUCUGCAGUUUCUUCACAUUAAAAAAUGCUUUAUUUUAGGCUUCUAUCAAAAUACACUUUUCUUGAGAAAACAAUCCCUGCCUGUUUAUUCUUCAUUGAUUAGUUUUACGCGCCCAGUAUUUAUUUGAGACAGCUAUAGAGUGUGCACAUCGAUGGGAGUGGCAUUGAGGAUUGACAUUAAGACAUGUGUUUUCCAGGUUCAAGUUGCAGACUGUGCUUGGUUCACCUGUACAAUUGCUAAGAAAAUAUCCAACACCAUUAUAACGUCAAACAUUUGUUAAUAUACAUAUUUUGAACAAUUAAUGUAGAUUGCCAGUAGAUUAUGUAAGACAGCUGACCUGAUACUAUCUACCGAUAUGAGGAUAUUUGUGUUGUUGGUGCAAGAAGUACAUAUGAUCACCACAUAGCUUAUAAUUCUUAUGAAUUUUUCUUUCUUGGUGAUAUUAACUAUCACACGAUGGAGUGUUCAGAAUUGCAUGCAGAACAACAACAAAGUCAGAAGCAACUUUUUUUUUUUCAAAUUUAUGAUUAAUUGUAGGAUGGAGCCAAACAAAUGGAGACAUGUUUAAUAUGAUCUAAAUAUAGCCUAUCUCUAUUCAAAAUUUCAAAGUGUGACUGUGGCAUAAAAUACCUGCCUUCCAAAAGAUUGAUUUGAAAGCGCCUGCUGUGUAAUUUAUUUAUAACCACCUUGUCUUGUUCAGCAAUUUCAAGGAUGCAAAACAUUUUAUUCUUUGUGUUUAGAGUGUUUCUAUGUAUUAGAAUGGAUGGCGGGGGAAAAGAGUUGGAAACACAUUCUGUUUGGAGUAUUUUAUAAAAGCAAUUUUGUCCUUAUACCUUGUUACAUGACUGCAAUUUAGAGCUCUUAGCACAUUCAGAAAUGGCCUUGGUAAUUCCUGUAUCUGUCAAGUGAUCAGCAGGCAAACAGGAAUUAUUGUAAAGCAAAUAACUGAUAGCAUUUUACUAGGUGGCCAUUUUUGCUUACCCAUUCAUUUCUAUUGUAAAUUAAUGAUUUCAGCAGUUCAACUCAGUUUUGAUUUAUUUUGUUUGUUUCCAAUUAAAUAUAUUUCCAAACCAAGCCAGUUUGAACAUCACUCAAAAUUGAAUUUAGUGUCAAACAUUUUCCGGAUUGUUAUUAAGCAUUUUUCUGGACAUAUGGGGAAGUGAUAACAGGAAUCAAGAUUUAUAUAUGUGAGUCCUGGGAUUGCUUUAUUAAUCAUGUGAAGAAAAUGCCUGCUAUAAUACAAUCAUGUGGUGAAUGGAUUGCAUUUUAAAAUUUGACUAACUAUAUAAUUUCCUAAUUUUCCACCAAAUGGAAUUUAUUUCAUUUAGUUAAAACGAUCAAAUAAUGCUUUUAUCAUAUCAAAGGCACAAAAAUAAAAUUGUAUUUAAAUUCUUACAGAAAAUAAGGGCUUCUGUUUUGUUUAGCUAAAAUGCUUUGUACCUGAGAUAUCUUUAAUAUCACAACUUAUGUGAUAAUGUUUGCUACUGAAUAAAACCAGUCUUUAUCAAUCUUUUCAAAUACUCAACAUUUUACUAAAGGAAAAGAGAUAUCAAAGAAAUUUUUAAAGGUUUGCCAAUAUGUCUGCAUGCAUAGUAUCUAUAUUUUCUUAAUUUGUUCAUUGAAUCCUUUGUUAAUUGUACCUAUUUGUGCAAUUCACCAGAGUUCAGCUCGAGCAAAUCAUCAAAAGUAAAUUGAAUAGAUUUUUUUAAGACAGUUGAUGGGCUAGGUUUUUGUUUUCCAGCUUUGUUCUUGAGAUUUGAUAAGCCUAAAAUUCAACAAAUAUUAUUUCUGAUUGAAUUUCAUGGCUGCUUUGCUUGGAAUUUUUUAAAAUAAAAUGUCAGCUCACUUUGAAAUUGCAUUUUAUUGAUAUCGGUGUGUUUAAUAAAAUAAUAAAAGCCUCACUGUUUUCGCUGUUCUUUUGUAUCAGAUUUCCAAGAGCAAUCUGCCCCAGAUCCACAAAAUGUGAUUGUGUUGCUCACCAUUAUAAUAAUUUGGACUGGAGCCCUGUGACUAGUGGUGUGCCUCAGGGAUCAGUGCUAGGCGUGUUGUACUCUGUCAUCUUUAUCAACAAUUUGGAUGAGAAGGAUUAGUACGCAUGAUUAUUAUGUUUGCAGAUGACACUAAAAUAGCUGAUAUCGUAGAUAGUGAAUCACAGUGGGAUCUUGAUCAGCUGGGCAAGUGGGCUGAGAAAUGGCCAACUGCGUCUAAUUCAGAUAAAUGUGAGGUGUUGCAGUUUGGGAAGAUGAGCAAUGGCAGGACCUUCACAGUCUAUGGGAGGGCCCUUGAUAGCAUUGUGGAGCAGAGAAACAUAGGAGUACAAGUAAAUAGUUCCUUCAAUGUGGCAUCGCAGAUUGAGUGGGUGAAGCAGACCUUUGGCAGGCUGGCCGGCCUUCUUCAGACAGUGAAUUGAGUAAAUUACAUUGGAGCAUUAUACAAGAUGUUGGUGAGGUUUCACACGGGAUAUGAAACAUUUAUAAGAUUGUUAAGGGCUUGGACAGGCUAGAGGCAGGAAACAUGUUCCCAAUGUUGGGAGAGUCCAGAACCGGGGGCCACAGUUUAAGAAUAAGGAGUAAACCAUUUAGAACGGAGACGAGGAAACACUUUUUCUCAUAGAGAGUGGUGAGUCUGUGGAAUUCUCUGCCUCAGAGGGGCAGUGGAGGCAGGUUCUCUGGAUGCUUUCAAGAAGGAGCUAGAUAGGGCUCUUAAAAAUAGCGGAGUCAAGGGAUAUGGGGAGAAGGCAGGAGCAGAGUACUGAUUGAGGAUGAUCAACCAUGAUCACAUUGAAUGGUGGUGCUGGCUCGAAGGGCCAAAUGGCCUACUCCUGCACCUAUUGUCUAAUGUCUAUUGUUAUCAUUUCUGGUCAAUUGUGUUAUAGGAAAAAUGCCAGUAAAGCUGACAGAUGCAGAGAAGAUUUAUAAGGAUAUUGGCAGAACUCCAGGGUCUGAGCUGCAGGGAGAGGUUGUACAGGUACUUUAUUUCUUUGAGCACAUGAGCUUGAUAGGUGAUCUUAUAAAAUAGUUUAAAAUCAUGAGAGGAAUAGAUAGCAUGAAUGGAUCUUUCUCCCAGGGAAGGGGAAUCAAGAACAAGAGUUGAAGGUGAGAGGAAAGAUUUAAUACGUCUGAGGGCAACUUUGUCACAGAGGGUGUUGAGUAUUUGCAGUGAGUUGCCAUGUAGUAGAUGAGGCAGGUAAGUAACAUUUAAAAGACAUUUGGACAGGUGCGUGCAUAGAAAAGUUUCAGAGGAAUAUGGGCCAGGCGUGGGCAUUUGGGACUGGCUUAGAUGGGACAUCUUGGAUGGCAUGGACGAGUGAGGCUCUUGCUGUGCUGUAUGACUCAAUAACUCUCAGACUCAAAUUUUCAAUGGUACUGAAAAUGAAGAUUAAGAGAAUGAUAGAAAGAUGGUGGUGUGUCUUCUCAUUCAGAGACACUUCCCUACAUUCUUCACCCAAACUGUCAUACUGUAAAAUAUCAGUUUCUAUAUUCAGUCUGACAAAAUUCUGAUCCUGAAUCUUUUAGUUUUUAGUUUUAGAGAUACAUCGUGGAAACUUGCCCUUCGGCCCGCCAAGCCGGGCCAACAAUCACACUUACACUUGUUCUAUCUUACACACCAAGGACAAUUUACAGAAGCCAAUUAACCUACAAACCAGCACGUCUUUGGAAUGUGAGAGGAAACCAGAGAACCCGGAGACAACUCAUGCGGUGACAGGGAGGAUGUGCAAAUUCUGUACAGACAGCCUACAUGGUCAGGAUCGAACAUGGGUGUCUGGCACUGUAAAGCAUAACUCUACUGGUCCACCACUGUGCCACCCUAUCUUAGGAACAUAGAAACAUAGAAAUUAGGUGCAGGAGUAGGCCAUUCGGCCCUUCGAGCCUGCACCGCCAUUCAAUAUGAUCAUGGCUGAUCAUCCAACUCAGUAUCCCGUACCUGCCUUCUCUCCAUACCCCUUGAUCCCUUUAGCCACAAGGCCCACAUCUAACUCCCUCUUAAAUAUAGCCAAUGAACUGGCCUCAACUACCCUCUGUGGCAGAGAGUUCCAGAGAUUCACCACUCUCUGUGUGAAAAAAGUUCUUCUCAUCUCGGUUUUAAAGGAUUUCCCCCUUUAUCCUUAAGCUGUGACCCCUUGUCCUGGACUUCCCUAACAUCGGGAACAAUCUUCCAGCAUCUAGCCUGUCCAACCCCUUAAGAAUUUUGUAAGUUUCUAUAAGAUCCCCUCUCAAUCUUCUAAAUUCUAGAGUAUAAACGAAGUCUAUCCAGUCUUUCUUCAUAAGACAGUCCUGACAUCCCAGGAAUCAGUCUGGUGAACCGUCUCUGCACUCCCUCUAUGGCAAUAAUGUCCUUCCUCAGAUUUGGAGACCAUCUUAAGAUCCAAUGCCAUAUUCUGGCUCUGGCUUUUGUCAGAUUGAUAAUGCUGAGGCUAAUCCUGCAUGUACUUUCCCAUGACAAUCCAGGUACUAUGCCCAAGUGUAGAAUUAAGCCAUCAGCGGCAUCCUCUGCCCUCUUACCUGGUCUGCCUGCAUUGAGACCAAUGCGACAGCACCUCCAUUGGUUUCACAGAUCUCGGGUUGUCAAAUCUGCCCACUCAACUGAUGCUAUGAACAAAUGAACUGUGGAGGUCAGCA